AUGACCCUACAAUUGGACGGCGUUUCGAGAAGACUCACAGGCGAAGACCUCGAAUCCGCUGGCUCUUCAGAGUCAGAUCCUAGAAGACCGAAGUCGCCUGGCAGUGGUGGAGUGAGUAGGUUCUUUGGCUGGACCGGCUCUCAGAAGUCGGCAGACGGCGCAUCCUCGCCCACAACCACCUUUUCUGAGCGAUCGCUCUCUCCAUUGCCGUCUCCAGGUCUGGUUAAGACUCUCCCUCUGGACAUGAAUGGGGAGCGACUGUCAGCCAGACUCACGCCCCCUCGGCUGGAUGUCCAGAAGGCCAAUGGCAGUGCCGCGUACUUUGAUAACCCAGACACUCCACUUUUGAUUGGCAGCCAUGGCUCGGAAACUCACGUGCAGGAAUUGGAGCGCGAGCUCUCCCAUAUCAGCCAGGAACUCGCAACAUCGAUUCGAAGGGAAAUGGAGUUGGAAGAUGAGCUCGACCGAAUACGAGCAGAAAUACCCAUGCACAUUCCUACGUCAGACUUGGGUCGGAGAAGUAGUGACUACUUCUCAGACAGCGGCGCCAGUGUGACAAAGUUCCCCAUCUCUGACGUUGAUGCCAAGCUUGAGCAGAUGGACAAGCAGGUAAGACAUGUUGAGCAAGAGAAGGCCAGGCUGAAAAUGGACAUGGCAUCAAAGCUGCAGACCGAGCUGAGCCGAAGGAGAGAUCUCGAGCAAUUGGUGCAAGACUUGGAAGAUCAGCUAGAGAAGAAAGGAGGCUCAACGAAUCAGGUGGAAGAGCUGGAGACUGCGCUGGACGAGACUAAGAGACGGCUCGGGCAGGAGAAGAUGACUAAAGAGAACUUCGAGGAUCUGUACAGUGCGACUAAGCAGGAGCUUGAGACGUACCGGAACGAAGCCGAGAACCUGCGGAACGAAGUCGUGCCACAAUUGAAGGCAAGAUUGGAAGGGUUGGAGGCAGAAGCGUUAGACACACAAGCGAUCAUAUACGAGAACACUCGACUGCAACAAGAGUUGGCAGCGUUGCGAGGGAACAGUAAUCACUCUCGCUUCAAUAGCAUUGCUGAGGAAGGUGUCGGCAACGCUGCGCGCAUGAGCUUGCAACGAUCUGGUUCGCUGGCGAGGAGUUCCAGCCUGCGGCGUGGUGGCAGUACCAAGGAUCGCCCAGAGGCUGGACGACAAAGGUCCGGGUCUGUUGGCAUUUCAGCAGAUGGUGUCAAAGAGAUUGAGGACCAGCGUGAUGCAUUGCACAAGGCCCUCAAACUCCUCAUCAGGCGUUAUGAGGGGCAACAGAAAGACCACGCACGAGCUGUCAAAAAGAUGGCCAUUGAGAAAAGCAGAGCUGAGAACAUUACACCCAAACGGACUGCCUACGCAAAGGAGGUGUCGUUCCUGAAGGAUGAAGUGAGCACUCUGCGAAAACGAACCGAAGAUGCUCUCGAGCAGAAGUGGCAAUAUGAGAAGAAUCUUUCUGGACUCAAGAUGGAUCUGGAUCGUGCAGAGCAGGAGACUCGUGGUCUAAGGAUCAUCUUGCAAGACAAGGACGAGCUCAGCGCACCUUCGGCGUCGAGUCAAUUUGGUGACGAGGAUGACGACCAAUUGCGGUUGAGCAUCACCCGAGCUGAGAAGGAAAGGGAUCAUGCUCGGCAAGUUGCGGCAGAAUAUCGUCAACGAGCCCAUGCCGCCAACGAUGGCACAUCAGACGAAUUGCUAAAAUUGGCCGAUCGCAUGGACGAGCUUGCCGAAGAACUGGAAAGUCAAGUGCAAAUCAAUGCCAAGCUUCGUGAUCGGCUUGCUGCCGCUGUUGCCAAAGGUGAAUAUGAGCAGCGAGAGUCAACAAGGCAGAUCGAGGAUAUGCAGAAACGUCUCGCUGGCAUGGAGGACAGUGUUUUAGCAGCUCAACAACACUCCGAGACGACCCUCGCCAACCAUGAUGCUGAAGUGAAACGUAUCGAAGAGGCCAAGUCACCACACCUUUCGCGCCUGACGAUAUCGAUACCAGAUUGGAACAAGCUUGCACCCUCAUCACCACUCCUUAAGAAGAGUCCCAGGCUAGGAAGCAAAAAACUCAGCGAGACAAGUCUGCUCGAAAUGAGCCGGACACAGUUGCUCGAACGCAAAGUCCGAGAACUUGAAGGUCUCCUCCGCGAAGCCGAAGAAGACGUUCAAACGGUCGUCGAACGAGUCAACAAAUCGCAAAUGGAAGUCGCCGAGCUUCAAACCGAACGCGAUACGGCGCUGCAGCAGAUGCGCAAAUUGCAAGCGGAAAUGGCUCAGGAGAGGGAGAAAGCUGAAGGAUUGAUGCGGUGA